AUGCUUCUCCGAGCUUCUGCAUGCUCUCUCGCUCACAGGGCUUGCAAGAAUUUUCAUGGAAACGUUUAUGGAACCAUGGUGAUGAUGAAAAAUCAUGAGAUCAUAUCGAAGGCUCACUAUUCCGCUAACAAUGCAUCAACAGAAACAACAUCAAAUGAAGAAAAUAUUGUUCAUAAAAGAAGCGGAAAUACCACUAUUGAUUUUACUCGUGUUGAGAUUUAUUAUGCACCUUUGUCAUCAUUUCAACUGUUAAAGACCUAUACUGCUCUAGCAAGCACAAGAUUUCCAUUCGUUAAACAUUUUGCUCCUGAUAUCAUUGAAAAAGGAGGCAUGAUUGUGAACCAGGCCGUCAAAUAUACAUACUUUCCAUACUUUUGCGGUGGUGAAACUUUACCCAAGACAAAGAAGGUGAUUCAUGAUUUAACACAAAACAAGAAAAUGCUUUGCAUUUUAGACUACAGCGUUGAAGGUCCAGUUCAACCUCUUGAAAGUAGUGCAAUUACUGUCGACACUGAUGAAAAAGUUGAGGACUCAAUUUGUAGUGUCAUUGCUGAAUCGAUUGAAUAUAUGGGACAACAGAAUAGAACAUUAUCAACUGAAUCUACCGUUACGCCUCCAUGUCCGUUCGGAGUGGUCAAGGUCACAGGUAUUUCGAGCUGUGUUCUGUUAGAGAGAUUGAGCAAAAUUUUGUGUUACAUCCAAAUGUUUCCUCAAUCAGAACAUGCAAAGAAGUUGUUAAACACCAACAUUUAUUUCUUUGGAGACAUUUCGAAUGAUGUUAACACUUUUGAUUUAAUGAAAGAAUAUACAGUCAAGCAAUAUCCAAGAACUGUGGCUUUCGAUUUGAAUGAAAACACGCCACCCGAACCAUUGACAUCAGUUGAACUGUUGAAACUUGAACGAGUAGUGAAACGAUUGGCUUCCCUGUGUGAUGCAUGUGUGAAGAAUGGAAUGAGUUUAUUAAUUGACGCAGAACAAACUUAUUAUCAAGCAGCUAUCGAUCAUCUCUACAUGAUGAUGAGUGUUAAAUAUAACUCUAAGGAGUAUAUGGCUGGAAGAAAUACGCCGGUAGUCUACAAUACCUACCAAUUGUACUUGAAAGACUCCUUCCAUAGAUUGCAAUUUGAUUAUCACUUUUUGAAUAAUCACGGAGCUCAUCAUGGAGCCAAGCUGGUUCGUGGUGCUUACAUGAAGUCUGAAACUUUGAGAGCUAAUGAAUUGAACCUGCCGUAUCCUUUCCAACAAACUCUUUUGGAAACGCAUGUUAAUUAUGUUAAGGGAGUAGAAUUCUGUCUGGACAGCAUGUACAAGCAUGGAAAUAUUGGUAUUGUUGUUGCCUCUCACAAUCAAGACACACUUGGCAUGACCAGUAGAAUUAUGAGUGAGAUUUAUGGAUUCAAAAAGAACGAUCCAAGAGUUAUUUUUGCUCAACUCUAUGGUAUGGGUGACAAUUUAUCCUUUGCUUUGGCAUAUCAUGGCUACAAUGUUGGAAAAUAUGUGCCAUUUGGAAAGGUCCAUGAUGUCAUGCCCUAUCUAUCUCGAAGACUCAUUGAAAAUGGAGACGUGCUGAGUGGCUCAACGAUUGAAACAGCUCGCAUUCGAUCUGAGCUUGUCAGGAGAGCUGUGGUUUAUUCUAAAUCAAUUUAUGACAAGAUUGUUAAGAAUAUUCAACAAAGACAACAAGCAGCAGCAGCAUCAUCAUCUCAAUAA